AUGGUGGCGCCCGUGGGCACGACAGCGCUCGAGUUCCUGCCAGGACUCACGUGCAUCGUCUUGGCGGGACACAUGGACUCGCCGUACACACAGCAGUACGUUGACGCCGCCACGCUCUCGACCAUGCUAUUGAACCUUACCAAUUAUUCAAUAUGUUUCGGUCUCUCGUCGGCACUGGAUACGCUUUUUUUGUGUUCCCAAGCGUAUGGCACCAAACGAUACGACAAGAUCGGCGUGUACUUCCAAGCUGGCGUUUUGGUACUAGCAGCUGUGUUUGGACCUAUUUUCCUGCUAAAUUGGUACACGGAGAGCGUGAUGGUGUCCUUGGGGCAAGACGAGGAGAUCUCGAAGCUGGCUCAGACAUUCUCGAGGUGGAUACUGCUGGGGAUGCCGUUCGUGGUGCUAUACGAACUUGUACGUAAGGUUCUGCAGGCGCAGAAUAUCAUGAAGCCGCUGGUUACUAUCGCGACGAUCGGCUGCUAA